CCAGAGGAUCACACGCCUCAUCCAUGACACGCGCAUCCACAUCCUGCCUACCAUGAACCCAGAUGGUUAUGAAGUAGCUGCCAACCAGAUGGAGAGAGAGCAAAAGCCCACUGCGCCUAUUUUUAGGACAAGGACAUCCCGGCCAGCCAAAACCUCCCCUAACAUGGACGACGCUGGGCCAAUUGUGCACUGCCCUAUGGGACUACCAAUUAGGGUCAGAUGUGAUACAGCCUGGAAUCAGUAUAUUUGAUUUUAACCACAGUAUUUGUUGUAUUACUUGUUAUGUCUUUUCUGAUGGAUUAAUCUGAAAUUGCAACCAACUUCUAUGGCUUGUUUAAAAAAUACCGAUAUUUUGGUGAUGAUUUUGUUUCCAAAUAACCAAAAGUGAGCGAGAAAAAGGCCAUUCUUGGACAUGAGGUGAGAGACAUUAUUUGUAAUUUGUAGAUAAAGCCAGUUUGUUAUUUAGAAUGAUUUAUUUAUAUUUUCAGAGGGAGAGAAACCAAAAGCCCCCUCAUAAAAUAUUUUUUUUGUAAGAACAUAGUAUUUGGGAAUGAUUUUAAGAAAUGUAGCUUCAUUAAUUUGAUUAAUAUUAUGGUGUUUCUAUUCCAAGAACAACGGAAAACGAAUCCCUCAGGGUUUCCAUUAGGAAAAUAUGGCAUGGUACAACGUAACCUUUAUUUAACUAGGCAAGUUAGUUAUGAACAAAUUCUUAUUUAGAAUGAUGGCCUACACCGGCCAAAUGUGGACGACACUGGGCCAAUUGUGCGCCGCCCUAAGGGACUCCAAAUCACGGCCGUUUGUGAUACAGCCAACCUAACUAAGAAAUACAUUUGACGAUACAAUUCUCCCCCUACCCUCCUUCUUGGCAAGCAUCUAUUGUCCUGCUAACCGACAGAGAUGGCCGCCUCGCUUCGCGUUCCUAGGAAACUAUGCAGUAUUUUGUUUUUUAUGUGUUAUUCCUUACAUUGGUACCCCAGGUAAUCUUAGGUUUCAUUACAUACAGUUGGGAGGAACUACUGAAUAUAAGAGCAACGUCAACUCACCAUCAUUACAACCAGGAAUAUGACUUUCCCGAAGCGGAUCCUGUGUUUUGCCUUCCACCCAGUACAAUGGAUCUGAUCCCAGCCGGCGACCCUAAACAACGACGCCGUAAAAGGGGCAAACGAAGCGGUCUUCUGGUCAGGCUUCGGAGACGGGCACAUCGCGCUCCACUCCCUAGCAUACUACUCGCCAAUGUCCAGUCUUUUGACAACAAGGUUGAUGAAAUCCGAGCAAGGGUAACAUUCCAGAGAGACAUCAGAGAUUGUAACGUUCUUUGCUUCACGGAAACAUGGCUCACUCGAGAGACGCUAACGGAGUCGGUGCAGCCAGCUGGUUUCUUCACGCAUCGCGCCAACAGAAACAAACAUCUUUCUGGUAAGAAGAGGGGCGGGGGUGUAUGCCUUAUGAUUAACGAGACGUGGUGUGAUCAUAACAACAUACAGGAACUCAAGUCAUUCUGUUCACCUGAUUUAGAAUUCCUCACACUCAACGUCAACAAAACAAAGGAGAUGAUUGUGGACUUCAGGAAAAAGCAGAGAGAGCACCCCCCUAUCCACAUCGACGGGACAGUAGUGGAGAAGGUGGAAAGUUUUAAGUUCCUCGGUGUACACAUCACGGACAAACUGAAUUGGUCCACCCACACAGACAGCGUUGUGAAGAAGGCGCAGCAGCGCCUCUUCAACCUCAGGAGGCUGAAGAAAUUCGGCUUGUCACCAAAAGCACUCACAAACUUCUACAGAUGCACAAUAGAGAGCAUCCUGUCGGGCUGUAUCACCGCCUGGUAUGGCAACUGCUCCGCCCACAACCGUAAGGCUCUCCAGAGGGUAGUGAGGUCUGCACAACGCAUCACCGGGGGCAAACUACCUGCCCUCCAGGACACCUACACCACCCGAUGUCACAGGAAGGCCAUAAAGAUCAUCAAGGACAACAACCACCCGAGCCACUGCCUGUUCACCCCGCUAUCAUCCAGAAGGCGAGGUCAGUACAGGUGCAUCAAAGCAGGGACCGAGAGACUGAAAAACAGCUUCUAUCUCAAGGCCAUCAGACUGUUAAACAGCCACCACUAACAUUUAGUGGCCGCUGCCAACAUACUGACUCAACUCCAGCCACUUUGAUAAUGGGAAUUGAUGAAAAUUAUGUAAAAAUGUAUCACUAGCCACUUUAAACAAUGCCACUUAAUAUAAUGUUUACAUACCCUACAUUACUCAUCUCAUAUGUAUAUGUAUAUACUGUACUCUAUAUCAUCUACUGCAUCUUGCCAUCUUUAUGUAAUACAUGUAUCACUAGCCACUUUAAACUAUGCCACUUUAUGUUUACAUACCCUACAUUACUCAUCUCAUAUGCAUAGACUGUACUCUAUACCAUCUACUGCAUCUUGCCUAUGCCGUUCUGUACCAUCACUCAUUCAUAUAUCUUUAUGCACAUAUUCAUUAUCCCUUUACACUUGUGUGUAUAAGGUAGUAGUUGUGGAAUUGUUAGGUUAGAUUACUUGUUGGUUAUUACUGCAUUGUCGGAACUAGAAGCACAAGCAUUUCCCUACACUCGCAUUAACAUCUGCUAACCAUAUGUAUGUGACAAAUAAAAUCUGAUUUGAUUUGAUUUAAUAGCCCAUAAUGGCGCUGUACAACCUGACCGGUCUAGAGUAGGCUACAGUACUACUGUAAGAGCAAAAU